CAGAUACUCUGCUGAGGAAUGCUGGAGUCACAUCCACAAAAGACUCACUAAAGCUUCGCCAAACGCCUACACAACAUGCCAAGGGAUUCAUCGACAGUAAUUGCUUCCUCCUUGGUUAGAUAGAAUAACCGCGGAGAUUGUACAGUAGUGAACAGCACCUAGGACUGGAGCGUGACCAGUGGGACUCUCCAGGGGUUAUUUGGAGUUUGUUAUAACUUGCGAAUCCCACACAGCAAACAGAGAAGCAGGGUAGCUUCUGAUAGAAUCCUCUGGAGGCUUCCAGAACUUGGUCAGACACAGAAAGAAGGGGACAUGACUGUCAUCGCUGCCGGCCUACGGUUUCCUCUCAGCAUUUUAACUUCCCUUGCCCUCAGGUUCUUAUACCACCUCACUAAUAUUUACUGUGCCUCUUUGAUCCACUCACCUUUGCCUACUGAACCACAAACUGGACAUGUGGUAGAAGAGACAAGACAGGGAAAUAACUGACUGAAAAUUUGAGAGUUAACUGAGUUCCCGUAGUCCAGGUGAUGGGAAGAGAGGCGUAGCUCUCACUGCACCAUCAGUGUCUUCCUGAGUAGUGCCAUCCACAUCAAAUGGUGGCUGUGAUUACAUUUUUAAAGUCCCAGAGGAACUGAUAGUAAGGAAUGAUGCUUGGAGUUCCUGAGUCCAUUGGAAGCCCUCCGGCUCAGCUUUGCUCCCCUCUGACUUGUGCUUCAGCAGAUGAACUACAUGUCCUGCUCCGGGAAGUGACCCUCCCGGCUCACCACUCAACUCAGCGGCCUCCUCUCUCCGGGCAUUCCUGUGGAGCUCCUGCCACCACCUGGCCUGAGCAUGGUUUGGGUCAAGACUUGAUACACUAGAAUAAGAUACAUAAAAUCAAAAUCCUGCUGCUCUGGGAAAGACUUCUCAACAGAACCCCAAGAUGUUUGCACUUAGAUUUUCCACAAUGUUCCUGAGGAUUCUUCUGAGCUGGGUGGUCCUUGAGAAUCCCACACAAUAUUUUCAACCAGUUCAUUCCACCUUGACCCAGUGCUAGGCCCCAUCUCAAACAUACAAAAAAAGAACCAGCCAGAGCAUCUGCCCUAAGUUAUAGGAUUCUGUUGGAUCCCAGCCUGAAAAUAGGUGCUACACCCCACAUCAGAGGAGGGACAGAAGAGUGUAAUCUGGGGCACUGGAGGAUGGCUGUCUGGGAGAAGUGGGAAUCAAGCUGGGCCUAAGUAAUGAACAACUCUGAGUUUAGUGGCCCCAAUGUGUGUGCUGUGCAGAAGCUCAUUGGCACCAACAAGAAGUACUUCACCAACUGUAAGCAGUGGUACCAGAGGAAAAUCUGUGGCAAAUCAACAGUCAUCAGCUAUGAGUGCUGUCCUGGUUAUGAAAAGGUCCCUGGAGAGAAGGGCUGCCCAGCAGCCUUGCCACUGUCAAACCUUUACGACACCCUGGGAGUAGUUGGCUCCACCACCACUCAGCUGUACACGGAUCGCACAGAUAAACUGAGGCCUGAGAUGGAAGGACCCGGCAGCUUCACCAUCUUUGCCCCAAGCAACGAGGCCUGGGCUUCCUUGUCAGCUGAAGUGCUGGACUCCCUGGUAAGCAACGUCAACAUCGAGCUGCUCAAUGCCCUGCGCUACCACAUGGUGGACAGACGGGUCCUGACGGACGACCUGAAGCACAACAUGGCCCUCACCUCCAUGUACCAGAACUCAAACAUCCAGAUCCACCACUAUCCCAAUGGGAUCAUAACCGUCAACUGUGCCCGACUGCUGAAAGCUGACCACCACGCCACCAACGGGGUGGUGCACCUCAUCGAUAAGGUCAUCUCCACCACCACCAACAGUAUCCAGCAGAUCAUCGAGAUCGAGGACAUCUUUGAGACCCUUCGGGCUGCUGUGGCUGCAUCAGGGCUCAACACCCAGCUCGAAGGGGAUGGCCCCUUCACACUCUUGGCCCCCACAAAUGAGGCCUUUGAGAAGAUCCCUGCUGAGACCUUGAACCGGAUUCUGGGUGACCCGGAGGCCCUGCGAGACCUGCUGAACAAUCACAUCCUGAAGACAGCCAUGUGUGCAGAAGCCAUUGUCGCAGGGAUGUCUGUGGAGACCCUGGAGGGCACUACGCUAGAGGUGGGCUGCAGUGGGGAAAAGCUCACCAUCAAUGGGAAGGCCAUCAUCUCCAAUAAAGAUGUCAUGGCCACCAACGGUGUGAUCCACUUAGUUGACGAGCUGCUCAUCCCUGACUCAGCCAAGACGGUAUUUGAGUUGGCCAUGGAGUCUGACGUUUCCACAGCCAUUGACCUUUACAGACAAGCCGGCCUUGGCACUCAUCUCUCCGGAAAUGAGCGGGUGACACUCCUGGCCCCCCUGAAUUCUGUAUUCAAAGAUGGAGCUCCGCCUGUUGAUGCCAAUACCAAGAAUUUGCUUCUGAACCAUGUGAUUAAAGAUCAGCUGGCCUCCAAAUAUCUGUACCAUGGACAGACCCUGGAUACCCUGGGUGGCAAAAAACUUAGAGUUUUUGUUUAUCGCAAUAGCUUGUGCAUCGAGAACAGCUGCAUCGCUGCCCACGACAAGAGGGGGAGGUAUGGGACUCUGUUCACCAUGGACCGGGUGCUGACACCUCCGAUGGGGACCGUCAUGGACAUCCUGAAAGGCGACAGUCGCUUCAGCAUGCUGGUAGCCGCCAUCCAGACUGCAGGGCUGACGGAAACGCUCAACCGGGAAGGGGUCUACACAGUCUUUGCGCCCACUGACGAAGCCUUCCAAGCCAUGGAGCCAGAAGAACGGAACAAACUCUUGGGCAAUGCCAAAGAACUUGCCAAUAUUCUGAAAUACCACAUUGGUGACGAAAUCCUGGUCAGUGGAGGCAUUGGGGCCCUGGUGCGGCUGAAGUCUCUCCAAGGCGACAAGCUGGAAGUCAGCUCAAAAAACAAUGCAGUGUGUGUCAAUAAGGAGCCUGUCGCUGAGGUUGAUAUCAUGGCCACUAAUGGCGUGGUCCAUGCUAUCUCCAGUGUUCUGCAGCCACCAGCCAACAGACCUCAGGAACGAGGGGAUGAACUUGCAGACUCUGCGUUUGAAAUCUUCAAACAGGCAUCAGCAUUUUCCAGGGCUUCCCAGACCUCUGUGAAACUAGCCCCGGUCUAUCAGCGGUUAUUAGAGAGGAUGAAGCACUAGUGCAAGGACCGCAGGAAGAAUACACUUCGGUAGCUCCCGCCAAUUUCUCUCAGUUUGCCAAAGAGACUGAAUGUUUUUGAAACCAAAUAUCACACUUCAAUGUACAUGGGCCACACACUAUAAUGAGAUCUGAGCCUUGGGUGAG